CUGCAAGCAGGUCAAAGUCGAUGGACCGCCGUCCGGUAUCAUCCGCCGCUGCUUCUCCUGGCAGUUUUACCGGGGGUGUCCUUCACUACCCCGUCGGCACGACCGCCAGAACGCGUCGCGGUUCCGCAUCUCUCCUUGCGCUCCCCUACUCACACAAUCAGCAGCAAAGCUCCUCGCGCUCCUUCAGCCCGACACCGAGCACAGGCGGCGACGACGGGACGGACCGCACGCUAAGUGGGCGUGACCGGCCGAAGAGCCGGUUCUCGCUCAGCUCGUUCAAGCAAUGGCGUCCUGGCCGCAACGUGUCGUACGGGCCCGGCCCACACGAGGCAUCGACAUCGAAUAUGACUACUACGUCCAAGCCCAGUCGCCAAAACUCGAGCGGCCAGGCGUCCACAACGGCGACCAGCCCGACUGACGGCGCGCGCUCGAGCGAUGAGGUGUCACCCAUCGUUGGCGGCUCGGGAUCUGGCCUGAGCUCGGGCGUGGUCGUGCGGGAUUACCGCAGGCAUAGCGGGCCGCACGUCACGAUGGCGAUGCGCGCGUCGAGCUGGGGGAACGUGGGCGAAUACAGCCGGCAAGCGGAGGAGGUCACGUCUAUCCAUUCGGGCGAUCGCGAGGAGGCCGUUGACGAGGAGGUGAUGCUGUUCGGCGCGGGCGGCGUCGCGAAUGGACCGCUUCCUCCUACACCCAACGGCGGGAUCAACGUGCCAAUGUCUCCCGUGCCUAACUUUUCUGCGCUCGAUGCGGUUUGCUUGGAUGCGCAGUCUCCGCCACAGUCGCACCACUCGACACUCAAGGCCGUCCCACAUGAGCUUCUGCAUUCCGUCACUGGCCGCGAUCCAGCCACAGAGGCGGACCCCGCCGUACACGAUGCUAGUACGUAUGGGCGCGGUGCCAGCGGAGUCGCCUCCUCCCGCCCGCACGCGCCCAGCCCGCUUGCGCACCUGUCGUAUAGUUCGGAAGACCUCGGGCAGUACGACUACGACGAUGACGACGACUCGUCGAGCUUCUUCGAGCGCGCGUCCGAGGUGGACGGUGCGGAGGACGAUGGGCCGCUCAGCACGAGUCAGAUCUUCGACGACGAGGAUGACGAGAGUGACGAAGAAAGCGUGCCGCUCGAGGUGCGCCGGCGGCGGCCGUCGUGGUCUGUCGUGCCACCGGAUCAGGAUCAGGACAGCGGGGAGGAGGAGGAGGAAGAUGAUGAAGAUGAUGAUGAUGAAGAUGAAGUAGAUAUAGAAGAGUCAUGAUGCCGCUCCCCUCCGCAUUCGUGUGGUGCCACCAGCAUCGACGGACGCAUCUGUAUUUAUGGGGGUAUGUAUCACCGGACCUUUUUCUUUCCGCCUUGUUGAUCCCCGUUCGCCCCUUCAAGCUCACCAUAGAAAACGGACAGAAUAUAUUUCACUUGCCAUCUCUUACACGCCCGCUCAUACCCUUUUCUUUGCCCAUCAUGCAUCAUCAUUCAGUCUCUUUUUGUUUUCUGGUUUCCUCCACACCUGCUCAUUCUCUACUCGGUCGGCCUCACUCCUCCCACUCCACUUCUAUCUUUCGUCCUUCAUCUUCAUACCGUCACGACCUUUUCAAAGCUGUCUUUGCCUUUACAUGUACUCAUAGCCUUUCCUUCUUCCCUUCGCCUAUCUACCAUCAUACAUUCCUUGCCGGCCAUCUCACCACGUUUGCAACGCUCCAGCCUCAGUUACAUACAGUCACAGCCAGUGGAUUCAGAAAUAGAAACUAAAGGGCUAUAUUACCGCCGCAGCGGCACAGAUUGGUGUU